AGCCGCUUGGUCCGAUCGCAGGACCUGAGGGCACGCACAGACCACCGGGCCUGCGAUGAAGUUCGGCGUGGGCAACCGCGGCCAGGGCCGCGGCCUGGCCAGGAGAGCCUCGGGCCUGAACACCACGUCGCAGCGAGAGGACGGCCUCUACUGGUCGGGGAGCCUCUGCGGUGGCAUCCGCAGCGACAUCCGCCGGAGGCUGCCCUGGUACUGGUCCGACUGGACCGACGGCGUUCGAGGCGGGACCAAGACGAUCACCGCCACCUUCUUCAUGUUCUUCGGGUGCCUUGCCCCCGGCAUCGCAUUCGGUGCCUACUUCGACCAGGUGUCUGGCGGCAAGAGCGGCGUGGUAGAGUACCUCAUCACGCAGGGGGUGAGCGGCGUGAUCUUCGCCACCAUCUCCGGGCAGCCGCUCGUGAUCCUGAGGCCGACCGGCCCGAUCACGGUUUUCAUUUCGCAGUUGUACAAGAUCUCAGAGUCUGUGGGCGUCGAGUAUUUGACGGCCCAGGCGUGGGUCGGGAUCUUCGUUGGCAUCUACAUGAUCAUCAUCGCCGUGACGGACAGCUGUGCGCUCAUCCGGCACUGCUCUCGCUUCACGCAGGACCUCUUCGGCUGCUUCGUGUCCGUCAUCUUCAUCACCCUCGGGCUCACCAACAUAUGGGAGAAGUUCAACGAUAAGCAGCACGAGUACGACGCGCCCGUUCAGCUCCUCGUGACGGCGGGCACGCUGUACUGCGCCCUCACCCUGGCGGGGUUCAACAAGGCCCGCUUCUUCAACGGCAGGGUGCGGGACUUCGUUGCGGACUUCGGGGUCGCGCUCGCGGUGAUCCUGGCGACGGUGGCCUCCAAUUUCCUGACGGUGGAGCUCGAGCCGCUGCCCGUUCCUCCGAAGUUCGCGCCCACGGACACCGCAAGGUCCUGGAUGGUGGACCUCGGAGACCCCGCCUGCGUCGGCAUUGGGGCGCUGGCCGCCAUCCCUCUCGUCUUUCUCUUCUUCAUCGACCAGAACGUCACGAUGCUGCUGACGCAGCAGGACAGCCACAACCUGAAGAAGGGGGCCGCGUUCCACUGGAACUUCUUCAUCCUGGGAGUCUUCAACAUCGUCUUCCCCAUGUUCGGCUGCCCCUACGUCACAGGCUCGCUGCCGCACUCGCCCCAGUUCGUCAACGCACUGGCGCGCAAGGAGGUGGUGCGCGAGGGGGGCGUGGAGAGCAGCAAGAUCGUGGAGGUGUACGAGAACCGCCUUGCGCCGUUCCUCGUCAACGCGCUGAUCAUCGUCUGCCUGCCGAUCAUCGGGGAGCUGAGGUACAUCCCCACCUCGGUCAUCUGCGACGCGCUCUUCCUGUACAUGGGCCUCUCGGGGCUGCCAGGCAACCAGCUGUUCGAGCGCGUGAAGCUGGCCUUCACCGAGGAGGCCCUCUACCCGCCCCUGCACUUCUCAAAGGAAGAGGUGCCCCGUAUGCAGAUGCACGUGUUCACGCUGGCGCAGGCGUGCAUGGUCGUGGUGUUGUUUGUCGUCUCCCGCUCGCCAAUCGCGCUGGCAUUCCCGGUUUUCCUGGUGCUGAGCAUACCGCUGCGGAUGAACCUGCACACGCUCACGUUCGGUUUCGUCACAGCAGACAUGGUCGCCAUCCUCGACAACACGAAGAAGAAGGAUGCUGCCGUCCGGGCGGAAUCCAAGGAGGCGGUAGCCGAGGGUACCCAGAUGGACGUCGCCAAGGAGGUCAACGGCAGUCCAGGCGCUUGAUGGGUGAUGCCUCCCUGCAGAGGGGCGAGGAGGAGGCCGAAAUAGUCUGUCCCAAUGGUCGGCGGAUUUCUUCUACAGCACCUGUUCGGCACGAUCGAGAGGGUUACGGAAAGGAUUGGCACGAAGGCCGACAGCAGCAGUUCUUGUCCGUCCUGGCCAGGACUCGCGGUGGGUACCGUCGCCGGCGUGGCCCAUUUGGAACGGACGUCGUCUGCCCAACAGCGGACGCUGCUGGUUUUGGACAACAUUCUCUGUUGGGCAUCGUGCGCAUUUUUCCAGUACCCACUUCCCCAGGGGUCUGGGUUCGGCGUCGCACCGACAGACUAAUACUACAGGUGUGCGUGGCCCCGCAUGGGGGCGACGCGCGCGCCGAGAACUUUUAGAGUCUGUCUCCAUGGCGGGUGCUCCGUGGCCAUGCCGCUCGGGAAGGACGCACGCCUCCGAGGAGGACACGUGCAGUCGGACCGAGGUAUGAGAUCGAGGUCGGCUCGGGGAGGGUACCCCAG